AUGGCGGACGCGAAUAUCACGCCGACGGGCGGCGCAUCAGGGACCCCUCGCUGGCGAGCGGUUGGCGCGGGAGGUCACGGAACGACGGGUCGAGCCCCUCCGCCAGUCGACGUGGCGGUCGAGACGGUGAGCGCGGACGACGUCCUAGCGGGCGUGGCUGAGCAACGCGCCCCCAAGACGACGAUACCGACGAUCUAUGAGCAUGCCCCCUACGAGCAGCCUUCCGACGGGAGCGAGAUGUUUGGGUCGAACCUGAACCACGACUGCAUUACUUGCAUCUUCGACCUGCUACCCCUCGAUGACCUUGCUGCCCUGGCUAGAACGGAUCGCAGCAGCAACGCUUUCCUGAGCUUUCACAUGCGUUGGCACCGCGAAGACUGGUCCGCAUUCGUCAUUCAACAUGAGUGGCGAUACAUGCUCGAGCGACGAGAGUACGCAAGGGAGGAUGCGGCGGCCAAGGCGGCGGCGGAGCCGGCGCGGCUUGAGGCGCGAUGGACUGAGGAAGAGGUGGCUUUGUGGGUGAGUUGGGGGGGGGUGGAGGAGGACUUGAUCUAG